CUGAAUUUGGACACGCAUCGCUGGACAAACUGGCGGCAUAAAUAGGCAAGCGCCGGCUGGCGCAGCGUCUUAAAUCGAAAUGUUGCUGCUGCUGCUGAUGGUCGGCGCGGUCGUUGGCUACGAUCAGAGUGUCAACUAUUGGGAGGCCUUUGCGCCAGGCAAGCUGCUGCAGCGUUUGGAUGCGCUCACUGCAACGGAUGUGCAGCACGGCCAGGUCAAUGCAUUCACGGAGCAACAGCGGCCCAGCGCACAGGCCAAGCUUGAUGAGGAUGCGGACGAUGAUGACGAAACGGAUGCGGAUUCCGAGGCCAUCGAUCAUGAUCAUGACGUGGAGCAGCUGGAGCUGGAUAGUGACAGUGCCGAGGGACAUUCUGGCGAGGAUUACGAGCGCAAUUAUGAGCAGUUUGUGCGGCAAUACUUUGAUCGCAUACCAGACAAUGCGGAUGACGACGCGGCUGACGAUGUGGACGAGCAUCAGGCGCAGCUGGAUGACAGCGUCGAGUCGCAGGCGGGGGCCAGCAGUCAUGUGCAACAGCAUCGCUGCCGUCGUGUCCAGCGCAAUGGGCAGCUGUGCAAAAUAUGUCGCGAGGCGCGCAACAACGAGAUCAUCGAGACGUGCAGCUACUCGCACGAGGCACAGCCGGAGCACUAUGCCUACGACAGUGGCUCGCAGUACAAGCGCUACCGGGACGCACCCUCCUCCUCCGACGAGCAGAGCGAGGAGCAGGACGCCAUAGUGCGACAACGGCGCACCGGACGCCACACCUCAAUCGUGCAGCCCGCCGGCGACAGCAGUCUCUGCGAGCGCCGCAUGGUGGGCAACAGUGUCUGCUACGAGUGCAAGGACAGCGGCGGCCAGCACAUGCGACGCUGCUACGAUGCGGCAUUGAACAAGCAGAUCAAGAGCCGCGCCAAGCCGGGCCAGCCACACGGCGGCCAAUCGCAGCAGUCGGAGCAGGAGCAGCGCCUCUACAAGCGCACCAUCAGCUACAGCUAUGCGCAGGGCAGCAGCCCGGACGACAGGAUGACCACCACGCACCCAACACCAGCUAGCAAUGAUACCCGAAUGCCGUCGUCGUCGUCGUCGUCCUCGUUGCCACCUGCCCGCCGGCUAACCAAGGUAUUGCGUAGGCGUGUCGCAAUCCCAAUUGCAGCCGUCUAGUGCGACUUCCAUAAACAAUUAUCUCUUCUUUUUUUUUUAAAUAUAUAUUUUUUUUAAUCAUUUUAUAAACAAUAUGCACACACGCUUUUAUGCCAAGGAGCAACUAUAAAAGGAGC